AUGGCAGACAGAAGAGCUGGCUUCACCACCGAGGAUCUUGAUUCCAGUUUCGGCGACCGACGUAUUGUAGCAUUGGAUGGAUAUGAAGAUGAUGCGGAAAGUAUGGCAAUGAACUACGUCCCAGAUUACAAUGGCGAAUUCGAUCCCGACAGUGGGAACUCCAGUGGCGACAGAGAUGCACCAACAAAGCCAAAGAUUGUUCCCAGUGAUGUUUCACCAAAAUCGACCGAGCCAGAAAGUCAAAGGGUGCCUCUGCCGGCUUCACCAGUAUUCGAAACUACAAACGCCAAGCCUGAACCCUUUCGACAGGAACAAAAACGGGGCCUAUCCCCUUCUUGGCCUGGCCAAUCUUCUGGACCUUCCGACAGCCGAAUAGAGGAUGACGAUGAUGAUGGAGAACCUAUUUGCCCAUUGAGUAUGUUUUCGUCGAUUGCCCCAGCAAACACCCAACCAGCAAAGAAACAAAAACAACAGAAACCAGCUUGGGACACUCCACCAAGACCAGAUUUGCAGCAGUCUCAGAGACCGCCACCUUCUACUUUAGAGCCUCCGCCACAACCGAUAGUGUCCACAAAGGUGGAAGAGAAACCAAAGCCAAGAAUGGCACAAAAACCAAGCAAUACACCUGAUGCACCACCUGGCCGAUGGGCCCCAGACGUAUCUAUAGCAGACUUUAGAGCAAAAUAUGCGUUUGUCGAGAAUGACGAGUAUUCUUUUGGCGGCAGAGGAAGCGAAAAAGAUGCCAAAGGAAGCAAGCCUUCAAGAAUUAAUUUCGGUGGCAAGACUCCUCCAUCCACGCAGACGACUUCAUCUCAGGCAAGGCCAUUCCCAAACGAAAUGUCAAGCAGUCGAGAAGAGGACGAAAUUUUGGAGUGCACAUUACAAAUGACUAAAUUGGAAGAGGAAAUCUAUACAAUGAAUGGUUCCAAGUUCAAUUUGAAGUCCUACAAGCAACUCGCACAAGCCCUAUUUGGAGACUCCAGUCAAUCGACAUCGAAGGAUGCCUUGGAGGUAAUUGCAGGCGGCAACAUCAUGGCAAAACUGGUAUUGGAUUAUCGCCAAGCUGCGCAGAGAGCAGCAAAACUGGAGAAAAGGAAGGUGAAUAGGGUGACACGCGUCAAGAGCGUCGUCGGAGAUGCCACUCCAACCCAGACUUCGAGUCAUGACGAUACGGGUGACGAAUCUCCCGCCAACGGGAAUCGGUUAUUGUUGCUGGAUACUUCUUCCUUCAUCUUUCGCGCUUACUAUUCCAUGCCACCGUUGCAUCGGUCAACGGAUGGAACGCCAGUCGGAGCUGUCCUUGGAUUCUGCAACAUGCUGAAUCGUUUGCUUCUCAACAGUAUGCUCGAGGGUAAGCGACCCUACUUGGUCCUUUGCAAGGAUGCCAGUGGACCGACAUUCCGAAACGAACUGUACGAUCAAUACAAAGCCAACCGAGCGGAAGCACCCAUGGACUUGAUACCACAGUUCGACUUAAUCUAUGAAGCAGCCGAGGCCUACGGUCUGGCCCAGAUUUCAGCACCAGGCUAUGAGGCCGACGAUGUCAUUGCGACGCUGUGCAAACAGGCUACCGAACAAAACAUGGGAGUAGAUAUCUUGAGCGGAGACAAAGAUCUUAUGCAGCUAAUCACAAACUCGACAACGGAUGGAGGAUCGGUCACAAUGAUCGAUCCAAUUACUAUGAACCGAAUUACUCAUGAUACGGUGCUUGAGAAAUGGGGUGUUCCCGCACACAAAUUGGGGGACUUGUUGGCACUGGCUGGUGACUCGGCGGACAAUAUUCCUGGUGUGCCAGGGGUCGGGCCAAAAAUUGCUGCUCAGCUAAUUCAAGAAUAUGGUUCACUAGAAGGCCUAUUUGAAAAUAGCGACCAGAUCAAGCAACAGAAGCGACGAGAGAAGCUGCAAGAGAACGAAGAUAUGGCCCGACUCUCAAGGGAUCUUGUUACGCUAGUUGCAAACGUUCCAGCAGACAGAAUGGUUUGCAUUCCCGAGCAAGCUUCGUCAUUGAAUAUCGAAGAAUUUCAAAUGGAGCCAAUGAAUGCUGACAGAAUCUUGGAAUUUUAUGAUUCAAUGCGAUUCUUCACCAUCAAGCAACGAUUGCUACAGAGAUUAGAGCAGCAAGAAAGGGUGGCAUAUGCAAAGAAGCAGCACCCGCAGAAGGAGAAACGGAAAACGUUCUCCAAAAAGCCAAGGAAAGUCGAACCUCCGAAACCAGAAGACUACCAGGGUGUCCCAUUCUAA